AUGAACGUUUAUCACUAUGGUGACAGUGGCCGUGAAGUUCCAGUUAUUCUUAAAAGAAUCUGCUUUGGAAUCCUGUCUCGAUUUCUCUGUAUUUCUAUUUCUGUAAAAGAAAACCCAAAGCAAAGGGAUCCAGAUGUCCAGCAAGGACAUGACUACAGGGCAGAUGGAACAGACGAAAGUUCUCUCAGGCACCGCUUCAAUGGAACACAUGAACUUGAUGCAGAACGACACUCACCUGAUAGAAAAAAAGACCUUGUCUUACUUGAAGAAAUGUUGCAGGUGGUUCUGAGAAGAAUCAUCCAGGAAAAUGAUAUGCGUGUCCAGGAGGAACAACGUUCUGAUUCCCUGAAACGUGAAUGGAAAGAGCUAGCUUGUGUCCUCGAUAGACUGUUUCUAGUCAUUUUCUUAAUAAUUUAUGCUUGUUUGACAAUGUCCUUAUUUAUUUUAGAUCAAAAUUGA